UCAGCUAGGGGCCGAAGGGGAGGGAGUGGUGAGCAGGGAAAUGGGAGGAGCCUUGACCUUCCCUCUGAAGGACACAGGGCAGCCCUCUUAGUUUGUUGCCAGGACUUUGAGAGUUGGGGCCAGAGCAGCAGGAAGGAAAUGACUUAGAGGCCUUACAAAUACAUCGGCGCAUUCUUGCUUCAGACUUUACAAUUGAGGGCCAGCCCUGUCUGGAAGCACCUCUUAUUACUGUUACAAGGAAACUGCUACCUCAGCAAACAAAAAGAAAGGAGGAGGAGACUUAUAAUAACAAAUGCCAUUUUUCAAAAAAACGCUUGUUUUCAGAAAACAUCAAAGGAAAUUUGGAAAUGUUUCGCAUUGAGAAGAAGCUUUGCAGGUGAAUGGAUUUGGCAGGCAGGCUCUGUCAACAUUCUGCAGAGGUUUGAUCUUCCUUCUUCAGGACCUAGUGUGAAGUAACUGGACUGCUUUUUAAAUUGCUGUUGAUCAGCUUGUGGGUUUGGGGGUUCUAACUUUUCUGGUAUAUUGAAGAUACAUUAUAUUACAUUAUAUUACAUUUUUUAAAAGUUAAGUUAUUUUUCUGCCAUUGUAAAUACAAGUACCAAAAUAUUCUUGCAAAGCAAUUAUAAGUAAACAUUUUUCUCGGCAAGCAUAUCUUUUUAUUAAGAGAGUGGAAUGCUAACAGUUCCUAUACAGCAUUUUGGACACAUGUUUAUUUUUGGUCAGGGGUCCUGCCUACACUGAAAAUAUUAAUUACAUAAACCUGUCGUUCUUGCAUCUACUUUGGGUCACAUGGUCACCUGCCUCAUGGAAAUGCCUUUUUUAAAACUUAGAUUUGCAGAACUCCACUAUUUUUAUACCUAGCUACAGUUCUGGGGGGAAAGAAAAUAGAAUCAGGACCCUGACCCGCUCACGGUCACUGGGACAGCCACCCCUCCCGCAUGUAUUGCUGCAGCGCCCAGGACAGUAAAAUGGACUACAAGCGGCGCUUCCUGCUUGGCGGGUCCAAGCAGAAGGUGCAGCAGCACCAGCAGUACCCGAUGCCUGAGCUGGGCCGAGCACUGAGUGCUCCCCUAGCGUCGACGGCCACCACCGCCCCCCUGGGCAGCCUGACCGCUGCGGGCAGCUGCCACCACGCCAUGCCCCACUCCACUCCCAUCGCCGACAUCCAGCAGGGCAUCUCCAAGUACCUGGAUGCCCUCAACGUCUUCUGCCGUGCCAGUACUUUCCUCACGGAUCUCUUCAGCACUGUGUUUAGGAACUCUCACUACUCCAAGGCAGCCAUGCAGCUUAAAGAUGUGCAGGAGCACGUCAUGGAAGCAGCCAGUCGGCUGACUUCAGCCAUAAAGCCCGAGAUCGCCAAGAUGCUGAUGGAACUUAGUGCUGGGGCCGCAAACUUUACAGAUCAGAAGGAAUUCAGCCUCCAGGACAUUGAGGUGUUGGGGCGAUGUUUCCUGACAGUGGUACAGGUCCAUUUCCAGUUUUUGACCCAGGCAUUACAGAAGGUCCAGCCAGUGGCUCACUCGUGCUUUGCCGAGGUCGUCGUGCCAGAAAAGAAGAAUGGCAGCGGCGGCUUAUCUGGCAUGAGCCACACACCUGAACUGGAGGAAGCCGUGAGAUCCUGGCGGGGGGCUGCUGAGGCGACAUCCAGACUGAGGGAAAGAGGCUGUGACAGCCGCCUGGCGGGCAUUGAGGUGCAGCAACUCUUCUGUUCUCAGAGUGCAGCCAUUCCCGAGCACCAGCUCAAGGAACUGAACUUGAAAAUCGACAGCGCUUUGCAAGCAUAUAAAAUAGCUCUGGAAAGCUUAGGCCACUGUGAAUAUGCAAUGAAAGCUGGUUUCCACCUGAAUCCAAAGGCAAUUGAAGCCAGUUUACAGGGCUGCUGUAGUGAGGCCGAGGCGCAGCAGACAGGGCGGAGGCAGACCCCCCCGCAGCCCAUGCAGUGUGAGCUUCCCACCGUCCCUGUGCAGAUAGGAUCACACUUCCUGAAGGGCGUCUCCUUCAACGAAUCUGCCGCCGACAACCUGAAACUUAAGACGCAUACGAUGUUGCAGCUCAUCAAGGAGGCGGGCUGCUACAAUGGAAUUACACCCAGGGAUGACCUUCCUGUGACCGAAGUACUGAACCAGGUGUGCCCAUCCACGUGGCGGGGCGCCUGCAAGACUGCUGUGCAGCUGCUGUUCGGCCAGGCUGGUCUGGUGGUAGUUGACACAGCACAGAUUGAAAAUAAAGAAGCCUAUGCCCCCCAAAUCAGUUUAGAGGGCUCCAGAAUUGUGGUUCAAGUCCCAUCCACAUGGUGCCUGAAAGAGGACCCUGCGACCAUGUCCCUGCUGCAGAGAAGCCUGGAUCCGGAGAAGACCCUGGGGCUGGUGGACGUGCUCUACACGGCUGUGCUGGACCUCAACCGCUGGAGGGCAGGGAGGGAGCAAGCUUUACCCUGCAUACAGAUCCAGCUUCAGAGGGAGAUCUGUGAUUUUGGGAAUCAGGCUGACCUGCCUUCUGGGAAUGGAAACAAAUCUUCAGGUGGUCUGCAGAAGACGUUCUCCAAACUGACAUCCCGGUUCACCAAGAAAGCUUCGUGUACCAGCUCCAGCAGCAGCACAAAUUAUUCCAUCCCAAAUACCCCUUCCAAAAACAUCUUCAUAGCUGGGUGUUCAGAAGAGAAGGCCAAAAUGCCCAGCAAUAUUGAUUCAAGGUUACAAAGCAUUUUGAACAUUGGUAAUUUCCCCAGGACUACAGACCCCUCACAGUCCACUCAGAAUCCCGGUAAUCAAAUGGCCAAUGGUUUUCUCAUGGAGAGACGUGACAACUUCCUGCAAGGGGACGAUGGCAAGGAUGAGAAGGGUAUGAACUUACCAACUGAUCAGGAAAUGCAGGAGGUGAUAGAUUUUCUCUCGGGCUUUAACAUGGGCCAGUCACAUCAGGGCUCCCCAUUGGUGACAAGGCGUAAUUCUGCUGCCACAGCCAUGGUGACUGAACAGAAGGCAGGAGCCAUGCAGCCACAGCAGCCACCACUGCCGGUGCCCCCUCCACCACGGCCGCCCCAGGCUGGGGCCCACACUCCUCUGACACCCCAGCCAGGCCUGGCAGCUCAGCAGCAGUCCCCAAAGCAACAACAGCCCCAGCUCCAAUACUACCAACACCUGCUCCAACCCAUUGGACCUCAGCAACCCCCACCCCAGCCUCGGGCCCCUGGGAAAUGGGUACAUGGCUCAUCCCAGCAGCCAGCACAGCCUGUUGGAGCAGGUCUGUCUCCUCUUGGCCAGUGGCCUGGCAUAUCUGAUCUCAGUUCUGACUUGUACAGCUUGGGUCUGGUGAGCAGCUAUAUGGAUAAUGUGAUGUCGGAGGUUUUGGGGCAGAAGCCACAGGGACCUAGAAAUAACACCUGGCCAAACCGUGACCAAAGUGAUGGAGUCUUUGGAAUGUUGGGGGAGAUUCUGCCUUUUGAUCCUGCAGUGGGUUCAGACCCUGAGUUUGCACGCUAUGUGGCAGGAGUGAGCCAGGCAAUGCAGCAGAAAAGGCAAGUUCAACACGGUCGCCGCCCAGGCAACCCCCGGGGCCACUGGCCACCCAUGGAUGAUGCCCAUCGGACCUGGCCUUUCCCAGAGUUCUUCACAGAAGGGGACGGCCUACACAGCGGCUGGUCGGGUGCUCAGGCAGACUCUGCCAGCUCAAGUGAUGAGACGUCCUCCGCCAACGGAGACAGCUUGUUCUCCAUGUUUUCAGGGCCCGACCUCGUUGCUGCUGUCAAGCAGAGAAGGAAACACAGCAGUGGAGAACAGGAGACCAGCACGCUGCCCUCACCACCUCUUCUUAGCACCGUGGAGGACGUGAACCAGGAUAACAAAACCAAAACGUGGCCACCCAAAGCACCCUGGCAACACCCUUCCCCGGUGCCCAGCACGCUGCCGAGCCCGAGCGCACCUCUGUACGCAGUCGCCGGCCCCGGCAGCCAGUGGAACGACACCAUGCAGAUGCUGCAGUCCCCGGUGUGGGCCGCGACCAGCGAUCGCAGCGCCACCUCCUUCACCUACGUGCAGACCCCACCGCAGCCUCCGCCCCCACCAGCCCACAAGGCAGCGCCCAAGGGCUUCAAGGCCUUCCCCGGGAAGGCUGAGCGCCGGCCGGCCUACUUGCCCCAGUACUGACCCAGGGCCGGCCUGCCCGCCCAGAGCUGUUGGGGCCAGCAUCCCCACCCUGACUAGCUGGCACCAGCCCCCCCAGAGGACCAGUGCACCCCUGUCCCAGGCAGGGCUCCUUGGGGAUGGGGGUAGUUGGCAGCUCCAAGCCUUCAAGGCCUGGCUUCUCAAACUUUGGAGACAUCGGACCCCUGGAGGGCCAGCUGGAGACAGGUUUCUGACCCUCAGGGAGAUGCUGGGGGAUCUUCGAGCUUAAUGAGCUCCUCCGGUGAUUCUGAUGCAGGUGGGCCAGAGGCCACACUUUGAGAAACACAGCUCUCUAGUUUGUAGUCCCACAGUGUGUGUUGGGAAGGCAUCAGGCCUAAAGGCUGAGAGCAAAACUGACCAUUCUUCUGAAACCCUCCCCUCCCCCUUCUUAACGCAUUGAGUGAUGACCACACCAGUCACUGUAUUUUAUAGCUAUUUUUCAUAUAGGUUUUUAGUUAAAACAUCUCCUGCCCCAAAUGCAUUGAAGAUUUCAAGAUAACAAAUAUAGAGGCCGGAGGUUUGUUCAACACUAUCUUUAUUUAAGCUUAAACAAAAUGGGCAAAGUAUAGAAUAUUUGUGAUCGGAAGCAAUCACCUGGGUUUUCUGUGGGUGGGCAGCCCCUCGCCACCCCAGCAGCACCCAAGGGGUGCAGUCUUUACCGGAUUUACAAAAGCAGGAUCGUAAAACUGAUGUCAGAGGCAUAUUCCUGAUGGUGCAUGGAGAUGAGCCAGCUGGCUGCUGUCUGUGUGCAGAGUCAGGCUGCACCUGCUGCCCUCAGAUCCACACAUGGCCAGAGGCUUUGACACGGUCUCGGAACGUGGGGGUGUGGUCAAGAGGCUGCACAGACACACCUGCACUUGAAAUUGCAGUAACAUUUGUGAGCUGGCUCAAGACAAACAAUUACGAUGUAGACAGGAAUUAAUUUAAAGUCUUUUCUUUAGAAAAACACAAACAAAAAACCACCUCAUUUUCAGUUAACAUGUGCCAUUAAAUAGAUGACAUCCUGUGGAUUUAAGGAUAUUUUCCAGCCAGAAUGGAUCCAGAAGAAUUGAAUGGUGCUUAAAUUGAGAAAUAAUAAUAAAUAUAUCUAUAUAGAAUAGACAUAUCCCACUGUAUAUUAAUUGAGGUUACAGAAGUUCUUUAUAUAAAACUUAUUUAAAUUUUUCAUAUUUCAUCUUUGAAAAAGUCUAAUUGAGAAAAAUCCAUAAUAUUUUCUGGUAUGAAAGUUUGACAGUAUUAAUAUUUUUUUUAUAUUUUCUUAAAUCAUUAAACCAUUUUAAUAUAUAUGUUAACUACUAAUAAAUGGUUUAUUCUUUCUAACUCCACAUAAGCUUUUCCAGCGAAGAUUGUAAUAACACAUUUAUGUUCUCAUUUUUCUACGGAUAUAAGUAAAUUUAUAUUUAAAAAUACCAAAAAGAAAAAAGAUAUACGUAUAUGUAUGUAUACACACCAAUUCUAGAGGACCCUUAGGGUGUCUGAGCCCAGCCAUCUGAGUUCUUAGCACUGUGUUGCCAGGCUGCUCCCAGGGCUCGGGUGUCGUCUUUUGUGCUGUGGGGGUUGCCAUUGCUGCCUGUACUUCUGAUCCUUUCACCGCGGGUUCCGAACAUUCACCUCACCACGUUUACAGAGAACUAUUUUGUACAUAGACUUUUCCAGGCACGUGCUUUGCGCCCACCCCGCGUGGCCCUUGUCUGUGUUAGCCGUCGGUGUGUGCACUAAUCUCUGUUGAAGUUGUUUGUGGCUGUUUCCCUCGUAAGAUAGUUUUCUGUUCCCUUCAGUAACGUGUCCCCAGUCCCUUGUAUUUCAAGUUCUAUUAUACUGAAGUACUCUUGUUUUAAUAGUGCCUCCCCAAGGACCUCACCCUGGACAGAGGUCAGCCCUUGACGCCCCAGUGCAGGUGACGUCGACACCGCUAAUUGUCACUUUCCAGUCUGUUUUGCUCGACUAAGCAGGACAUUUCGUAAUUGCAUCUCCGUGGGCUGUGAGACUGUGUGAAACUGUUUGUGUGGUCUCCUUGCAGGUGCUGUGUUCUCAGCACCACCUUGCUCUGAACACUGGUUAUUCCAGGUGCUGCGCUCGGCAGAGGGGUCUCGCCAAAGCGCAUGUGUGUGCGUGUGUGAGUGUGUGUGUCCUUUGCAUGGCCGGGCGUGGCCACCUUGCUCGGGCAUCAGCAGGACAUCGUGUGAAUAGUUACAACGCUUCCAAACUGGAACUCUACAUUUUGUAUCUUACUUUUAAAGCUCCUAUAAGUAAAGUAACUAUUGGCUUUAUUAAAAAUAUACAUUUAAUAAUA